AUGAAUAGAGAGGAUCUAGCCAUUUUUCCAUAUACUCCAUAAUUUUAGACUAUUUACAAUCCAACUCUUGUACAUCCAAUGAGUGCAUUUGUUUCGAGGUCAUCCUACAGAAAUAAUUAAUUAUAACGAAACAAAUUAAAUAGGUUUAAUGUUGAACAUUAUUAUUCGAAAAGAUAACAUGAUUAAAGACACAUCUCUUUGCCUAGAGCAUUAUAAGCAGUUUAAAAAUCAUAAAUUGAAUGUAAUAUUUUAUGUUAUAUCUAAGAGUAGAGAAGAUAAUCAUAUUACAAAGAAGCAACAAUAAGUAUAGUAUAUCCAGAUUCAAAGCAUGAAGAUUCAAUUGUUUCAAAAAUAGACAAAUUUUAAAAUUUAUAAAAUAACUUAUAAAGUUUACAAAUGGAUCUUGUUGAAGAAAAGAAAACAAAUAUAAAUGAUCUUAAAAAAUCUAAUUCUAAAUUCAAGGAUAGUAAUAAAACUAAAACCCUUUUAAGCACCAUUUUAAGAGGGUUCUAAUAUAAGUAAAAUGAUGUUGAUAAAGAUAAUCUCAUUUAAAUUAUGGGUCUGCAAAUAAAGACAUCUAAAUUAUAGGAACAAUAAUCUAUAAGAACUAAAGCAUAUUCUUUAGAAAAAGAGAGGGAAUAAUUAAAAACAUAAAUAGAAAAAAGAGAAUGUACAACUCGUUCAGUAUAAAAAAGAAGGGAAUCUCCAUGUAAUAAAAUAAAAAAUGUUUCAUAAUAAAAUAUGAAAAUAAAUUAAAAUUUUAGAUUUUCAUUGAAUGAUUAUUCAAGUUUGAGUAGAGAUCAGCUAUUUUAAAUAAAAUUAUUGAGUUAUCAUCACUUUUUAUUUGUUGUUUCAACCUAAUGUAAUUUUUAUGUUGUUCCAUCAAACAAUUUAAUUGAAUUAAAAUUUAAAGUUGGAAAAGGAAAUAACAGUUUACUAAUUAAAGAAACCUUUAAAUAAAGAUGGUGGUGGACAUUAAAUUAAGAAGCAGAUAAUAAGGAAUUAAAUUUUAUUUGGACAUAAAUCAAGGUACCUUAAUUUAUGAAUCUAUAAGAAUGGAGUAAAGAAUCUAUUUUAACUCGUUAAAAAUCAUUAUCUACAACAUCAACAGAAUUAAAAAGAACAAAAAAACUUUAAUCUCCAAAAUCAUAAAAAAAACCUUCAAGAUUUGGUCAAUUUGAUGAUCCUUUAUAAAAAUUAAUGAAUGAUUAGGAUGUUAAUGAAAUUAAAAACAUUGAUAAAUCAAUUUAAGACUUUUUAAAAUAUGCAGAAAAAAAAGAAUUUAAAAUUAUUGACAAUAUUAAUAAAGUAUCUCUUGAUAUAAGCUUAGAUUCACAAUCAUAUUGAAAGGAAUUAUCAUUUAGGAAAUAAAAAAGCAAUGUUUCAUAAUAUGAAAAAGUUUUAUGAAUUAACUAAAUAAGAUCUAUUUUAACAUUUACCUGUUACAUUCCAUGUUUCUGGAAUUAAAGAUAGAUCAUAUUAAUAAUUUUUAGAAUAUUAUAAAGAAAAGUAUAUUUAAUUAUUUAUAAGGAAGGGAAACGGUAUAUGGAUAGUAAAGCCUGGAGAAUUUACAAAUAGAGGUAAUGGAAUCAUUGUAUGCCAAAAUUUAAAUGAGAUACAUAGAAUUGUUAGUAAAAGAUAAAAUCAUCCAAAUGGAAAACCAUUUACUUAUUUGAUUUAAAAAUAUAUUGAGAAGCCUUUUUUAUAUAAUAAAAGAAAAUUUGAUAUUAGAUGCUAUUUCCUGAUAACUUAAUUAAAUAAUAUAAUCAGAGCCUAUUGGUAUGAAGAAGGAUAUUUAAGAACAUCAAGUGAAGAGUUUGAUAUAUAAGAUGUAAGUAAUUAGUAUGUUCAUUUGACUAAUGAUGCCAUACAAAAAUAUAGUCAAGCAUAUGGAAAAUAUGAAAAUGGAAAUAAAUUAUCUUUUGCAGAAUUUUAAAGAUAUUUAGAUAAAUGGCAUAAUAAUGAACACUUCGAUUUUUAUAAAGAUUUAUAUCCAUAAUUAAAAAUGAUAACAUUAAAUGCUAUUAAAUCUGUAUAUCAUAAAAUAGAACCAUUCAAAAAAAAUUAUAAUUUUGAAAUUUUUGGAUUAGAUUUUAUGAUUGAUGAAAAAUUUAAACCUUAUCUAAUAGAAAUAAAUACAAAUCCUUGUUUAGAAUUAAGUUCACCAUUAUUAGGUAGAAUAAUACCAGCUAUGGUUGAAAAUGCCUUUAGGUAAAUAUAUUUAUUAUUAUUAUCAGAUUAUCUAUAGAUACUAUAGUACCACCACCUGAAUCAUCAGCAUGGCCACCAAAUAAAAAACAUUUAUUGUUUUAUGAUAAUCUUUUGGAAAACAAUAGAUUUUAAUUAUUAUUUGAUGAAAAAGAUGAUGGUUUAGAGUUAAAAAACUUAUAUAGUAAUUAAAUUAAUGAUGAUCAAAUUGAUGAAAUGAAUGAAGAAGAAGAAGAAUAUAAAUCAGAUGAUGAUUGA